AUGUUACCUCUUGUCCAAAUGCACCCGAUGGUGCAACCACAGCUCGACUUACUCGGGCCCCAUCAACCGCACGUAAAACAUGACCUGGAGUACGUGUCGCAUCACCAAAGACCACAGUUCGCGCGACCCUCCCCCUCGCUCCACAACACAGACUCAACGCCCCGGGCGUUCGCCAUCCGCAGCGCCCAGCCAGCCCCGGCGUUGCACCGCAUCACCACCUCGUUCAUCCGAUCACAUGCCCACGACCACAGUUCGGAACACUCACUUAGACGCAAGACACCAAGCGGCACCAUCGACAAUGGGUACGAUGGUUCGGUUGCCCACCUGGCCUCCGGACCCCCACCAUUGAAGCACAUGAUCUUACCUGCCUCGUCAAGAAUAUUUCCGACUGCUGUGUCUCGGAGAACAUCAGGGCUAACUGGGGUUAGCUACCAUAGGUCAACACUCUCUGGAUCAUCAUGGCCAUAUCAGGCACCGAAUCCGACUGGGAGGCUCGAUGGUGGGAUGGAACCAUUAAGUAGCCCACCUGUGACGCCUGGAGGAUGGGGUAUGGGAAGUACGAAUAUGAUAACGAAUCCGGCCGCGCCAGAGCAGACAAACUUUCUGCAACCAAUACCCCAACAAAGCUACAACUCUGUGUCCAGCUUGCAGCCAUUGUUAGGGCCAGGAUACCACCAGCCGUUGAGUCAAACAGUCUACAGCCCGGGUGGCUACCAACAACCACAGCAACCACAGCAGUCGAUGGUGUGGAGGAAUGGUGGACUAGGGGAUUAUCGAACACCAAUACCCCUAGCCAAUGGCUACACACCACAAAAUGCUGUCGUUGAUAGUGCGUUUAUGCCCUCGCAGUCGACCAUACAUGGCAUGCCAAACGCACCAGGACUGGGCCAACCACACCCAUUCCGCUUGCCAUUGUCAAGCUACCCUCUUGAUGAUGGGUACGCUCGUCAUGCUCAGGCACACAUGGCGCACCAUGGGGCUGCUCAUCAGGGUCAUGAGUCUCUGGCACAACUAGCUGGACAUAUUGCCCAAGGGGGCAGUGGCGGAGAUGUUGCCUCGAGAGCAAGGUUCAAAGAGCUGGCCCUGCAGCAAGCACAUAAAACAUACAAUGAUCUGCUACUUUAUCUAGGCAAUGCGAAGAAAGCACACCACAGCCGGACCGGAUCUUUAUCAAGAACGUCAUCGAAGAUGGUGGUAUACCCGAAACCCUCAAUAGCACCGUUGGCGAGCGGAACCAAAGUACGACCUUCGCCAGCCCUCUCCGAACCAACAGUCAGCUAUGCACAGCACAUGGCACAGAAGCAGGCGGCAGCUAGGAGUAUGGCAAUGGGAGUGCAAGGAAUGAAUGUUGGAGGCUUCAACCAAGCGAGGAAUCUAUAUUCAACGGGGCUUCAACAACGGCCAUACUUUGAGACCGGAUCACCACUUCACAAUGCGAAAAAUUCACUCGAGAUGCUCACCAACCUAUGUGAGCAAAGUGGAUGGAAAUGGGUGGAUGGUAUGCUGUUGGGAGGAUGUCUCCACUAUGGCCUUGAGCAUUAUGAAGAUGCUCUGGAGUGGUUCAAGCGCAUCGUGAGCAUGGAUGCUAGGUGCGUAUUCCCGGUCUGGUCGACCGCGUUAGUUUUACGGGGUGAUGCUAACAAACAGGACAGCCACGUCGAGGCUAUUUCAAAUAUUGCUGCGACAUUGUACUGCAUGAACAGACAGGAUGAGGCUGAACGGGAAUGGUCUAAAGCGAUCAAGCUAAGGCCAAGUUACCUGGAAGCAGUGGAACAUUUGGUUGGCUUGCUGUGCUCGAAUCAUAGGAGUCAGGAGGCAGUCAACAUUAUCGAGUACAUUCAGAAAUCGUUGAGGAUGUCUGGAACAAACGGAACCGUACAUGAAGUUAACGAGACGGCGAGCGAGGCCGACACGGCGUCGACUGCCACGAUGCGAGAAUUGAGCCCCGACAACUUUGUGCUAGACGACCUCAACAACGACAGCCCGACCCAGCAUUUUGCCCGAACUGCAGACAAUAGCCACGUUCCAGGUUUUGGGUCAAGCGGAUAUGCGAUAGCUGGGACCGAGAAUGGGCGGAUGAUCCUGCUGAUACACGCCAAAGGAAACAUGCUGUACUCGUUGAAAAAUAUCGAACAAGCCUCGGAUGCUUUUGAGGAGGCGGUGCUCAUCAGCGCUGGAAGACAGGUUCGAGGGGUGCGAUCGCUUAUCAGAAGGAUCCAAACCGUCCUAGCACCGAGGGAUAUGCAUUCAGGGCAGCUUAGGGGUGCUGUUCAGGCGAACCUGUCCGCGCCGUUGCUUCUGUCGCCAGACAGGGCCAAGCUUACCGCACAGCGGGUAUUUACUUCGCACGGAGGACUCUUGCCGGGACUACAAUAUGUUCCCGAAGGUACUCACAAGAAAUCCGUGGUUGCCACAACGAGCAAUUCAUUGUUGUCGCUAGCCAAGAUCUUCCAGGACACCAUGUCGAAUGGUGGGCCAAACACCGGUAUGGUCAGACAGCCUGCUGGAGUGGGCGAUAUUCUGGCGCUCUAUUACCUGUCCUUGUCAUUGCAGGAAAGUCCGUCAACAGCAAACAACGUCGGCAUCUUGCUCGCUAGUGUUCAGCAGACGUCUACCCAAGUUCACUCUGGGCCGCCUAUGGACUUGGGGAAUCUUCCCGCUAUCCCUGGGAUCGUACCAGGCAGCGGCUUAUCGCUCGCCCUGGCUUACUAUUAUUAUGGCCUUACCCUGGAUCCAAAGCAUGUGCACCUGCAUACCAAUCUGGGCAGCUUGCUCAAAGAUAUCGGACAGCUGGAUCUUGCUAUUCAGAUGUAUGAGCAGGCUGUGCAGUGCGAUGGAAGCUUCGAUAUUGCAUUGACCAACUUGGCCAAUGCUGUCAAGGAUAGAGGCAGAAUCAGUGAUGCCAUCGGGUAUUACAAGCGAGCUGUAUCGGCGAAUCCCGAUUUUGCUGAGGCUGUUUGCGGGCUGUCCACUGCGCUCAACUCGGUUUGCGACUGGAAGGGUCGUGGUGGUGUUCUGCUGGCAGGUGGCAAGUUUGACCGCUGGCAUGUUGACGAGCAAGGGAUGCUUCAGGAUGUGAAGUCACAAGGCCAAGGCAGUGGGCUGAUGAAACGUGUGGUUGACAUUGUCGGGCGGCAGCUGAAGGAGUCCAGCACUUGGGGUGUUGGCGCCUUGCAAGAUCAGACGAUUGUGCAGCUGGUGGCGCAGUUAAGGGAUGCCGGAGCUGGGAUCACCGACCGAGGUCUGGAUGUUGAAACCGAACUUCGAAAAUGGGCUGGUCGAUCGUGGGAGGGCUCAAGAAUCCUGAGGUUGAUUGAGCGGUCGACGAGAGCUGCGAUGCGGUGCUGGUAUGUCGACAAACAUGUCAAGGGCAUCAAGUCAUCAGCUGGAUACAGGCGGCCGCGGCCUCCUGCCAGCCUUUCGAUUCCAUCUGCGCCGACGGUGUUGCCGUUCCACACCUUUACUUGCCCGUUGACAGCCAAGGACAUCCGGAUGAUUUCGCAGAGGAAUGCGCUAAGAAUAUCGUGUUCGACGCUUCGCUCACCUUGGGUCCCAGCUACUGUAUAUGAACCACCGGAGCCACCAGCCCCUUAUUUCAAGGUUGGCUAUGUCUCGUCUGAUUUCAACAACCACCCCCUGGCACAUUUGAUGCAAUCUGUCUUUGGCUUUCACAAUCCCAACAAGGUCAAGGCGUAUUGCUAUGCAACCACAGCCAGUGACAAGUCGAUCCAUCGCCAGCAGAUUGAGCGUGAAGCGCCCGUCUUCCGUGAUGUCAGCACGUGGCCAUCAGACAGACUGGUCGAGCAGAUUGUGGCUGAUGGCAUUCAUAUUCUGGUCAAUCUCAAUGGGUACACCCGCGGAGCGCGCAAUGAGAUCUUUGCCGCGCGGCCUGCGCCGAUCCAGAUGUCGUUCAUGGGCUUUGCUGGGACGUUGGGAGCCGAGUGGUGCGAUUACCUCCUAGCUGAUACGACGGCCAUCCCUCCCUCGACACUUCGACCACACCGCAACAAUUUAAACCUGGGAGAUGUCUUCCGGGAUGAGGCCUACACGGAAAGCGAGGACUGGAUUUACUCGGAGAACAUCAUCUUUGCUCGGGACACGUUUUUCUGUUGCGAUCACGCGCAAUCAGCAGAUGGCCACAAUGAGAGGCAUAUGUCCUGGGAGGAUGACCAGAAGAGAAGGUGGAGGAUGCGGAAGGAGUUGUUCCCCAAGUUACCCGACGAUGCUAUCAUCCUGGGUAACUUCAACCAGUUGUACAAGAUCGACCCAACAACCUUCCGUACAUGGCUCCGCAUCCUGGCUUCCUGCCCCAAAGCCCACCUCUGGCUGCUACGAUUCCCCGAGCUGGGCGAAACCCACCUCCGCCGCACAGCUAAAGACUGGGCUGGGGAAGCCGUCGCCUCUCGCAUUCACUUCACAGACGUGGCACCAAAGCAACAGCAUAUUUCUCGCGCCCGAGUUUGCGAUCUCUUUCUCGACACGCCCGAGUGCAACGCCCACACCACCGCGGCGGACAUCCUUUGGUCUAGCACGCCAUUGCUCACCCUCCCACGAUACGAAUACAAGAUGUGCUCCCGUAUGGCGGCUUCCAUCCUCAAGGGUGCGCUUCCAAAGAGCGAGGAAGGGGAGAGAGCAGCGAAGGAACUCAUUGCGGAGGAUGAGAAGCAAUACGAAGAGUUUGCAGUGGGGUUGGUGAAUAGGAUGGGCUACCAGCUGGUCAGGGGACAGGAUGGGGAAGUCUACGGGAGGGGAGAGGGAAGACUGGCGGAGAUGAGGAGGUUGCUUUGGGAGAGCAAGUGGGGGUGCGCGCUGUUUGAUACCAGGAGAUGGGUGAGGGACUUGGAGGAGGCAUAUGGGCGGGCUUGGAGCGAUUGGGUUAACGGAAGGGGAGGGGACAUCUAUCUUUGA